AUGGCUCUUACCGGACACAACAGCAUUAUUGUAUUCGGUUGCGGUGUGAAUGGUCAACUAUAUGAGGUGGAACGAUACGAUCCCGACACUGCAAACAGUGAGGAUCUGGGACGUAUGGAUGAGCGAGUGUUCGCCGCAUGCGUUGGAGUGGGAGGUAAGAUAAUAGCUGGUUUUUUUUAUCUUCUUUUACUCUAGCUAGGCUACUUUUCUGCUAAUAGCUCAGAAGUGGAUCGGUGUCCACUUGAGUUUUCCAGGAAGCAUGGAUAUAGUGCAAAUAUAUUCACCUUAAUGAGUAUCUACUUAACGAUUGAACAGUCAAAAUAAGCGUCUUCCGAUUCGAUUGUUCUGUCCGUAUCGGGUAACCCUUUACCCCAGCGUCAUGGCAUUAUUAUAAGGCAGCGCAUCUGUGGGUCGUCCAACAACACUACUUUCCAAUGGCACUAACUUUUCAGUCGAAAAAAACAUAGGAGGGAUGUGCAAAUACUUUUUCGUCAGCGCCUUUUACUGCUGAUAAGCUGGAUGGGGUAGUUCCGAUCCUAGUUUACUUGUCCAUUAAAAGGGGCUGAUUUGCUCAGAGGCUGCCCUUACCCUGAGAGCGCAAUAUCUGCCCCCUUGUUCCACUUGGCGCAACCUUUUUUGGAAUUCUAAACAACUCGCUCGCGGACACGCAUUAUGACACCUCCCCUCCCCCAUUCCCCAAGUUCUCGUCCUGCUCAUUCGAUUUGGUGACCUGACAGAUUCUCAGGCUGACCCUUCUAUAGGAUGCAUUGUAAAUUCACUGUCAGUCUCCUUGUUCCUAGGACUUAGCUGUCGAUGAAGGUGUACGCCUCAAGUCCAGAAUCUCCCUGUCACUGCUGUGAAAAGUCGCUGUAACGAAAUGCAAUGCGGAAACGCACAAUGUUAUCUGAUUCGUGUUGCAGUCAGUGAGAUUGCUCAGCCUGCUGUGCUACGACUGGUUACAUUUGACUGCAUUGUCUACUGAAUGGAGGAGGGGCGUCACACACGGCUGUCGUCUGGUGUAAUUGGGAGCGGAGCGAACUACUGCACGUUGGAGUUUGUUCCCAACCUCUCAGAAAGUGUCUGUCUUCUUGGAUAUAAACAAGACAGCAUAUACUGCCGUUUAUUCAUCUAUCCUGAGCUGCAUGUUAGUUCCCGAGUCUGGUUUCAUUUACCCCGAUGAAUUUCACUACCAUGGGGCCGUCUCGCGCCAAUGAACGGACUGUUAGUCUGAGUGUUAGUUCGGCACAUCUGUUAAGCGACUCAUCACAUUCGCUUACCCUAUGCGCUGCCUGGCCUCCGACCCACGAAUGCAGUCUUAUCUGAUGUCCAAAUCGUCCAAUGUGUUAUCUCUAGAGUGUGGCUUGUCCUCAAAAGAGUCUGUUAAGGUCAACAAACGGCAGAUAGGGAGUUAAGUGUCAUGCCAAUUGUACUAAAUACAUUACCUAGAUAGUAAAGUUUCCAAGGGAACGUGGAUACAUUGAAAGAACAUCUUGGAAUGAUUACUGCAUCCAAAGUUAUCCCGUAUUGUCUUUGCGGUGGGAGGGGGUCGCAUCAAACAGAAUAAAUAUUUCUCAAAUUUCAGGUUCCAUAAUCAGUGCAGCGGCUAUUAUUCUUAACAUAACCACCAAAAGGAAGUCCACAUCCCAACUAAGUAGGCGACUGCCCCAUCAUGUUCUGCUAAUCUGGCUGUAGCUGCUGUAAGUGGACUUUGCCAAUUUUAUCUCCCUCAUUCCAUGCUUCAUAGGCCUCGGCAGUAAGUAUUUUAUAAAUUAGGCUUAUAUUAUCUGCUGAAAGUAGUUGGCAUCCUAACAAAGAAGAAGACUGUCUGACUGGGCGACCUGACUGUUAGUCUGUUUUGUCCGCCUCCUCCACAUCUCCUUUUCUCCGCCUUCCAGCCAGUUUUUAAAAAAAUCAAAAUAUCUCAAUAACCGAUGAACCGCACUGGCAGAAGCUGACGACAAAUUAAAAUUUAUUACUUUCAGUUUCAUGUUCACUACCACUGAGUCUAUCCAUUCCUCAGACGGCGCCUUGCCAUUACUAAGUGUUUUCUGUCCUAUGUGAGUGACUGUAUUUGAGCAGCUUCUUGGAAGUGCCCGUGGUUUACCAAUUGAUGACUCGGACACCGUCUCAACACUAUGCCUUGAGUUACGGUUUUCUCGGCUAGCACCAUUUCCAAUUUAUCAUAUUUGAACAUGACGGAGAAGAAGAAGAAGAAGAAGAAGAAGAAGAAGAAGAAGAAGAAGAAGAAGAAGAAGAAGCGAUUGCUGAAACAAAAUAUGUUGUCCUGACAUCUUGCAUUCUCAUUUCAGCACAUCAUCAAAGAAAGGUGCUUUUAAUAUCUAAUGUAGCCUCCUUGAGUCUUCAUAAUUUCAUCUUAGAUCCUUCCUUCGGGUUGUUGUUUAUUCACUUUACUGAAGACUAUUGAACUGGUAGAGGGGUGCUCAGCGAUCGCGCUUCGGAACUCGCUACUCUCCUUGUGCCUUCGGACUCUCUCUCUCUCUCUCUAGCCCGUCAGCAGUCGUACAGUGGCGCGUAAUUUAGGCAGAAUGGCAUUACCAACAAGGACACGCGAGACUGGAACGGCCACUGGCGAUUAUGGAGCGCCCCUUUACCAUUCCGUAUGCCCGGUCGAAACCGACAGGAAAAAGAGCCCGUGGCUCAGUGGUGAGAGGUGUUAGACUUCUAACCAUCAGGUCGCGGGAUUGAGUCCCAGGUGUUGCACACAUCGGGGUCGGCUGCGGCUGGCUGACGAUGGCUAAUGUGCCAGAAAUGGCCGUUCCAGUCUCUCUUGUUUUCAUCGUCAAUGCUAUUCUGCUCAUUGACCUCCAUAUUCCCGGACCUCCCACAGUCUGACUAUAGUAUGGAGCACAGUGACCUAGAUGCCGUUGUUCACGUGGUCCAUUACAUUGUCAAUCCUCUAGACAGGGUUUUUUUGCGCGUACACAUCUACCUUCGGUACUGUUCCCCGCCACCUUUUCCAAAGGAAGACAGUCGAGUACCUCUACCCCUUUUAGUAGUCGCGUUCCAUUUCAUCAUCCCAUUCCGCUGCACACUGGUGGUCUGUGGCCACUCAACAACUGCAUGUGUCAGGUUAUUUGUCAUCCUGUCAAAGUAAGAGUGCUCACCAACUUCUGGGAAGGGCUAGGAUCAUGUCUCGGCAUGGCCAUCAGCGACAACUUUCUUCUUAGCUAUCAGACGCCCGUUUAAUGUGUUUUUUUCUACCACGAUCCUCUCUCAAACCUGAAUUUUAUCCAUAUUCCUUCAAAUAAAGUCUUGCAUUUCCGGUACUCUGUUGAUUAGCUGUUUUCUAAUCUCCAAUUUACUCCUCAUGUUGUAUUACUUUUAACAAGAUUGCCGAUAUGUAGUCCGGCGCUCUCUGUUUGCUUCAGACAACGUGUACGUCAUUGGGGGACGGCUUUGGAACGAGCAAGGCUACGAGACCGACCAAGUUAACAAAUUUAACGUUCGAACCCGUCGUUGGACUCCGUGUUCACCCCUGGCAUAUCCCCGCUGCAGUAUUGCUACUUGUGGCGUCGAGAUCAACUUUUUGGGCGAGGGGACCCAGAAGGAGAACGGAAUAAUUAUUUGUGGGGGCCAAAAGAGGAAUGGAGAUUCAACAGAAAUCGUGGAGCUCUUUAUUCCGCGCCAAAACCGGUGAGAUUUGGGUCCUUUCUUCGGUAUCCUCGUCAUUGAGAUCGUUGGGUUUGCACUAGUCUUUUGGAUAGAUAUCUCUAAUGCAGUCAUGUCCGUAGCACAGAUAACCCGAUAAAUGCCUAGAUGCAUUUUUCUGACCUGUUCUUGUUUGAUUCAGCUGCAUGAUUUUUAUUUCAACGGUGUAUUCCCUGGAAUUUUACUGUGGUUUAUGACAUUGCGGUGAUUGUUUUGUAAAUCAUGGGAAGGCGAGGUAAGUCCUCCGUUACAGUGUUACCGGAUCAUGAGAAUUCACCUCUUUCGGACCAAAGGGUUAAAAGCAGCAUUCUUUUUCUUCGGUAAUAAACAUUGUGGUCAUUCAUAAAACGCAGAUGGUUAGGGCAGAAUACAGUGAUGUUUACCAACCUGCCCUGAUUGUUUAUGGGACGUGAAUAUCUCCACUUGGCCUUAGAGUUGUGGAUCUGGGUACCAGCCAUGCAGUCGCGACAGAGGUUUGGAACAAUAGGAAGUAAUUUCUAACCAAUUGACAGUUCGACCAUCGGUUUCGAUGAUGUCCACCGUGUGCCCCACAGUUUCAGGAGCAAUGGGAGCAGAGACGGUGACUUACGCAGGGGUUUAUAGUGCCGGUAGACUUGCGUAGCAUCUACCUACACUCUCUCCUCCUCCCCCGCCUGGGCCCGGUGUCAAGACAGAGUCAAGAAGACCGGAGACGAGGGAGGCCGCAGGUGUAUGGCUCGGACGGAUCCUCACCUUGGCGUUCCACCACACCCCCUCGUCCACACAACAAAUAACCAGGAUUUCAACCAACACAAGAGAGAUUUGGAGGCUGGCACGGCCGAAGCCGCACCUAGGCGUGCCGCCAACGCCUGGCUCGGAUCCCACACUGUGAUGGGAGUGCCAUAAAGGCCACAUUAAAAAGGAGCCAUUGCAGCCUGACUCUCAGACGGCCUCCCGUUAAGGAGGAGGUCCAAGGUACCCCGUCAGUUGGCAACCUUCCAAGCCACGGCUUUUAGCACACCGUGAUAGCUUUAAGCGCGUCAGAUUGUUUAUAGUGAGGAGAAAGUGCGCUGAGUCGUCGACCUCACUCUCCCUUCCCACUCCCACACCCCAGCCGCUGUCCGAGCCGGUCAGCAGACUGGAGUGGGGAAUGGGCGCGGUGGCUGUCAUGGUCGACUGACCAUGACUGCGCGCGCCACGGCACGACCUGGCCCCCCAUACACACAACACACAACAAUUAGUCAUCUGCAGUCAGUAUCUACAUGUCAACUCCUAUUGGUGGACUUAUGCUGCAUUAGCAAACAUGCUGAGGUGCCCCUUAUUGUGCAUCCCGCUUCUCUGCAACGUGGAUAAUUGAGAUUGAAUCCAAGUAGGCGAAAUAGUAGCAAAUCAGAGCCAAGGAUCUACAGUCAGCCAUGAACCGACUGCUGGUGCUACCUUUACAGAAGUUAAAAACGGAAAUUAGACACGAGUUGAUAGUAUCCGGUUGGAUUCCAAUUGAGAAAUGUUGACUGUCGGCUAACUUCACACUACCAGGACAUGUGUACAGUAUAAUCGGAAGUCUAAAACACCCACUGUGGUAGUUGCGUAAUUUGGUUUACUCUCAGGAAAUGCAGUUAAUUUCAAAGGGGGAUAAGCUGUCUGCCGAAUGAUUAACCAUAAAAGGCAGGGAAUUUCCAAAUCUCCUCUAGGGGAACGGUGGCUGCGUUCAAAGGCACACUGGAAUGAUUACUUAUCCAAAAUUAUUACGUAGCUUAUUCGUGAUGGCAGCUGCCUUUUCUAACCCUUUUGAAUGUGCACUCACUUGCUGAUUAGUAUGGUUGUCCGCAAUAAACUGUUGUAGAUAAUUUCCGUGGAGAAAAACGAGUACCUCUUGUGGUUACACGCAUUUACUGAGGUCAACGUAUGUCUUUCAGAGGACUUCUCUGUCUACACUGCGCAGCAUUUAAUGCGCAAACACCCGUAAAAGGGAGGUCAGACCGCCCGCGCUCAUGCUGCCAUGCUACUUAUAAGCGAUGUCAAACGUGGCCAGACUGUGCGGUCACAAGACAACACAAGAGGGAAGUGGGUACAUGAGGCUGCCACUGGCUGCUAAUGCAUUGAUAUACAGUGAGUGACCUAUCUCAUGAAAUGUUGGCUGAAAUUCUAAAAUGCGUUUUCGAUUAGGAAGGAUUACUUGGUCGCGGUUGUAAUACUGAUUAUCUUGUGACAUACUCUUAUAACAUUUCGGGCUCGGCAGGAUGUCGGCUUUUAAAUGCACUUCUUUUCAAUCUCCUGUAGAGAGCGUGCUCAGUAAAAAAUGACUACUUAUGUAGCAGGCAUUUUUCCCAUUGAUUUUCGGUGGUCUUGCAAAUUCAAAUAUAUUUUAGAGAAACCGCAAACAAAAAUAUGCUGUCUUUUAGUCAAUCAAUUGAGAAUCACGUCUUCGUGAUAUUUUAUCCUUAUGGAAAGAGUAUAAUUAGGUUUUAAAAAAGUUUUCUAAUUAUGAGACUUUUUAAGACCGCGAUAUAUCCAUUCACAUAGCAUCGUACCUGUCCGUUUACCACUGCUCCUCAUGGAAUGUACAACAUGGUCCGCAUCCAUUGCAAAAUUUUAUGGACUCUGUAUGAUAUGGCUUUAAUGGCAUAGAAAAAUAUGGGAUUUUCUUUACGUGGAACGAAUGCACCUUGUAGAGUGAAAUCACUAAGCGCUAAUGCAACGAAUGAUCAGGCGCCAAAUUAUUCGACAAUCAGAAAACCUUUUUAAAACCCAAUUAUACUCCUUCCUUAAGUAUAAAAUAUAAAGAAGACGUGAUUUUCUAUUGAUUGGCUAAAAGAAAGCAUAUUUUUGUUUGGGGUUUCUAUAAAAUAUAUUUGAAUUUCCAAGACCAUCGAAAAUCAAUGGGAAAAAUGCAUGCUACUUAAGUAGUCAUUUUUUACCAAGUACGCUUUCUAUAGUAAAUUGAAAAGAAGUGGAUUUAAAAGCCGACAUCCUGCCGAGUCCGAAAUGUUAUAAGAGUAUGCCACAAGCUAAUCAGUAUUAAAACCGCGACCAAGUAGUCCUUCCUAAUCGAAAACGCAUUUUAGAAUUUCAGCCAACAUUUCAUGACAUCGGUCACUUACGGUAUAUAUUUUUAUGGCCAUUUUCGAGCAUUAGGAUUGGCCGGAGUUGUGUCAUUUAAAAGCAUGCCUUCAGACCAGAGGUAUAGAAAGAUCUGUUCUGUGUGAACGGCUAUUUUUACAGACGAUUCAACUGAAGCAUUCGCUGCUUCCUGUAGCAAGUGCUGAGCUCCACUGACUUGCUGCAAAUAUAGAAUGUGCCGGCUGCCGUCAAUGCAGGCGUCCAGAAUGGCCGGCGCGGCGGUGGCCCUGCCCGACGGUCGGGUUUUCGUGGCGGGCGGCUAUGAUACGCGAUGCGCAGGCUACCAGGCCGGUGUGGAGUUCUGCAACUUGCAGUCCGGCUGGCAGAUGGACACCAGCAGUGAGUUCUGGCAACCGGCCGCCCCAAUGACCCACGCCCGAACAGAUCUCGCUAUGGCCUAUUUUAAGGGACAGGUGAUCGCCGCAGGUGGCCGACCGGGAGGAAACACUGUGGAGGUGUUCUUCCUGCCGGACGUGGACCAUCCUCUAGGACAGUGGACUCUGGUCACUCCCAUGUCCACUUUGAGUUCAUGUUCAGCUUUGCUCGUCUGUAAUAAUCGCCUGUUUGCAGUUGGAGGUGAGUAUUUCUUUAUUUUUGUCCUUCACGCGCGUCACGUUUCUACGUAUAACUUUAUGAUUGUCCGUCAAACCUAGAUUUUCAAAUUGGGCACGGGCGGCGUAAUUAAUUUAUAUGGACAGGUUUAAUGAAAGAGGGUACAUCUACUACGCGUGCUUUGAAAAGGGCAUUUUUUGUUUUUAAAUAAUAAAAAUGAUGAAGUGGUCGGGGUAGGGUCAGGAUGUUUUGAUCUAACUUUAGUCAUGUUUAUGAAGCAUCCGAUCCCCUCAGAGUGGUAACACUAAAGUUCAGCCGAAUAAUGUUUCGAAUUACAAGGUUUCUAAUAUAGGGCUUUUACGGAUCAAGUUAGUGGCUCUCCUGUACCGAUAGGUAGUAAGAUUGGACGAAAUCAGACGAAAGUAUAGCACGUUUGCUGAAAUAGUAAGUCGUAAUCACAAGGCGACGCUCACCGAUGGUUUUAACGGAACCCACUCGUUCCUUUUUGCCUUAGGACUCUCUCUCGAGCCGAACCAGCAGCCACACAGCGGCGCAUAGUAUAAGCAAAAUAGUAUUACCGACAAAGACAAGGGAGACUGGAAUGGCCAUUUCUGGCUUAUUAGCCGUCAUCAACCAGUCGUACCCAACCCCGAAGUGUGGAAUACCUGGGGCUUGAUCCCGUGACCUAUUGGUUAGAAGCACAACCCCUCUAACCACUGAGCUACGGGCUCGUUGUCCUGUCGGUUGCGAUCGGGAAUAUACAAUGGCAGGGGAUGCUCACUGAUAGUUUUUACGGAACUCACUCUUCCCGUUGUCCCGAUCGCAACCGACAGGACAGCGGGCCCGGCAGAAAUAGUCAUUCCAGUCUCCCUUGGCUUUGUCGGGAAUGGUGUUCUACCAGUAAGUAUAAAGUCUGCUCACGAAUUUAUGCAGAAUUUCGAGAUAAAUACUACCAGUUUCAGCGAACUAGCUGUGACUGGUCUAUACCAGCAAAGCCGGGCAUAUUGUGCAAUGCAAGCAGAAAAUUAAUGAGCUAAAGUUUCGAUACGCCGACUGGUUAAAUGUCUGGGCAAGUGUUUUGCUGACCGUUUGCUGAUGUUUGUCGCGCGUCUUAAGGGUUUGGGUCAGUAGUAAUUUCCCAUUUUUCAAGAAUCUAACAUAUUCCCGUUUGAUAGGAAUUCUUUCCCUACAUUACGCGUUUACUGAUUGGUCCCUAGGUGGGAAACGAAAUUCCUUAAAGCACACUAGACCAUGAACCACUCGUGAUUGCAACGGAAAAUGGCUUGCGCGCUUACAUCAGUUCGGUCAAAGUCAUCUGCUCAUACUCACACUGAACUUUUUAAACAAUUUCAAAUCAGCGCUAGUUGCUGUGACCUAGGUUAUCCUGAAAGUUUUUCAGCCUAGUUUUCAUUGUACGGACGAUAGGGGCUAGUCUUGGUAAAACGUAGACUAAAAUCCUUAGCUAUGCAGUCAUAUACAAGACACCAUUGCCAAAAAAUACCUGAAGGCCAUAUUUUUGUAAAGAAAUAUAUCAGGAAGUGCCGUCUUGGCGUUAGUGGUCUUUUUCUAACAAUUAUUAUCAUUCAUAUAGAAAAAUAAUAUCUGAUGUGAAAUUGAUUUUCGCAGUUAGUUAUUAAAUUCUUCAAACGCAAAAGUAUUAUUAACACUGACGGCUGACGAAGUGCUUCCGCAUAUAAUUAAGAAAGCCGCGUUUCUUUCAGUUGUUAAAUCGUCUGCAGAAAUAUUUAUUACACAAACUAGGUCUUUCUACAGCUUGAGUCUGAAGGCACAAAUUCCAGUUGAAAAGUCAAGUCAGCGAACACGCGUUUUCGGUAAUUCUUCCUCAGGCCAAUACAAUUGCAUGAAGGAAUGAAAAGGUACAAAAUCCACAGUGUUUAUAGAUGCCUCAAGGGCUAUUAAGUCACUAACACUCAUCAUCCCCACACCGCCCGCAUGAGAAGGUCGGUGGGUGUUAGUCGUCAGAGCUAGGGGAGGGGGGUAAGACAGUCUUUGAGUGAUGUUCUUGGGUUGAGUACAGGGAGCACCCAUCAUCGUGAUUAGGGAUUUGAGGCGGCAUGGCUUCAUCACUUGGGGGUCGGCGUUGGCCACGGCAGCGAAAACGCUUGUGUCAGAGUUUUCUGACAGCAUAACAUCGGAUUCGCUAACCGUAUAGCUACUGCCUCGGCCGUUGCUAGUAUCUGUUGGCGUAGGCCUUUAGAGAAGCAUGUUGGUGUCCGGCAGACAACCUGAAAUGCUUUCUUGGCAUCGACUCGUUGGUUCGAUCGAUACGACCUUCUCAUGCGGGCGGCGUGGGGAUGAUGAGUGUUAGUGACUUAAUAGACCAUGAGGCAUCUAUAAACACUGUUGAUUUUGUACAUUUUCAUUCCUUCAUGUAAUUGUAUUGGCCUGAGGAAGAAUUACUGGAAACGCGUGUUCGCCAACUUGACUUUUCAAUUGUAACAUGGAAAUAUUUGCGGAACUUCCAGUUGGUUUUACUGCUCGAAAUUUAAGGGGAAAAAUUCACCCUACAUAAGUAAUCACUUUUUAAACAGUUCUGUUUUUUCGGAAACAAGCUCAUUCAAGAGAGGUUGUCUCGGCGUCACUGAAAUACUAAAAAAAUAUCUUGUAUUAUAAUGAAAAUUAAAACUUAACCUGAGUAAUUCUUUAAAAGGGGACACUUAUUUUGGAAUUCUGAUUAACAUUUAAUGCUAUAGAUCAGAUACUAUAUAGACUCUGCUUAUUUUCUGUUGAAUUAUCUCAAAGGUUGGCGGUGAUAAGUCAACGUUUAACAGAAUAUAAAUUGAAGUAAUUUAAUCACUCUACUCACAGAAUCACAUUCAUAGAAGUAACCUCGGUUUCUCCACUUGAUACAUAGUUAGGCAGAUUAACUAUAGCGUGGACCUCAGGUCGAAUUGGUCGUCGUACGGCGACGGUUGAAGUAAGCCACGUGCAUGAAAAUAAUAUAUGCGUGCGGUUUAAUUAAAUGAGCAGAAGCAUUAAUUCGUAAGUGGUGCACCUACCAAAUUUUGAUUAAUUGAAUUAAGAGACUGUACUGGAAGGCCAACAGACUACAGCUUUUUGUCUCUCGUCAGUCUGCAAGUUCUGGGGGAGGGAGUUUCUGUGCUCAUUAGGAGGACGUUGGGUACGACUGCUUGAUGGUGACGGAAAUGACCACUUCAAUCUUCCUCAUCCAGGUUGAUAGACUGUCUUACCAAGUUGAGAAUACUUCGCCACCGGACUCUUUGUUCUAAAACCAACAUCUAGAUCAUAUUGUCGCCUAAGGAGGGCUGACAAACUGAAACCGUCCUUUUGUCCUUUCAUAGGGCUUCUAUUUACUAGUUGACAACAGUUUUUUGUAUUUUCGUUUUACCAAAUUAUUGCUUAUUUGCGCUGUUGCCAAAUCAUGAAGCAUGUAUUUUUAACGCAGGUUAUCUGUCUCGCAACAUUGAAGAACUGGCCACCGGUGAAGAUAUUUCAUCCUGGCAGUGGACAGUGAAACGCAGAACAACCUAUGUCGAUUCGUUUUCCGGAGCCGCUUCAGUCUUGCUACAGUAA